GAGUGCGCCGCGCGCCGCUGACGUCAGAGACCAAUGGCUGCGGCCGCAGCUGCGGCGCUGGAAUCCUGGCAGGCGGCGGCUCCGCGGAAGAGGCGCUCGGCGGCUCGACGGCCGCGGCGGAGGGAGGCGGCGCCCCCGGGCCCCGAGGCGGAGUUCGAGUCUGACAGCGGAGUCGUGCUUCGUCGCAUCUGGGAGGCUGAGAAGGACCUGUUUAUCUCUGAUUUCUGGAGUUCAGCACUAGAAACCAUCAAUAGAUGUCUCACAAAACAUCUGGAACAACUGAAGGCCCCUGUGGGGACUCUUUCGGACAUCUUUGGAAACCUGCAUCUUGACUCAUUGCCAGAGGAGUCAGAUGUGGCCCCUGAUUCUAUCCCAAGAGAGACCCUGGUCACAGGAACCUGCCAUUUGAAGUGUGUGUGUUACGGCAUUGGGAACUUUGCCACCUGCAUCAUAGCUAGAAACCAGCUAACGUUUUUGCUGCUUUUGUUGGAAAAGUGCCAGAUUCCCAGAAGUCACUGUUGGGUAUAUGACCCUCUGUUUAGCCAACUUGAAACUGAUGUACUUAACACCCUUGGUGUGACUGUUCUCAGUGAGAACGAGGAAGGGAAACGGAGUAUUCGCGGGGAGCCUACCAUCUUUUACAUGCUCCAUUGUGGGACGGCCUUGUACAACAAUCUUUUAUGGAGUAACUGGUCAGUAGAUGCCCUUUCUAAGAUGGUCAUCAUUGGGAACAGUUUCAAAGGACUUGAGGAGAGGUUGUUGGCAAGGAUUCUGCAGAAAAAUUAUCCCUACAUUGCAAAGAUUUUAAAAGGACUGGAGGAGCUUGAGUUUCCUCAGACUUCACAAUACAUGGACAUAUUUAAUGAUACCUCUGUCCACUGGUUCCCUGUGCAAAAGCUAGAACAGCUCUCCACAGAUAUUUGGGAGUUUCGGGAAGAACCAGAUUAUCAGGACUGUGAGGACCUUGAAAUCAUCAGGAAGAAGAGAGAAGAUCCUUCUGCUACUGACUGAACUUGCUGUGAGGUACUCAGUGGUGGCUGAGGUAGAAGCUGCCACCGGAGACUCAAGGGAAGGCUGCCAUGGAGGAACUAGAGAGCACUCCUUUGCCAGGAAAGAACAUCAACUUGGCCGUCCUGUUUUGAGGACGAUACCCCACAUGAGGACUUGGUAUAAAGAUUCCUGCACUAAGUGGCAUCGUCCCAUUUUACAUCCUUCCCUCGUGACCUGGCCUGAUGUGGAGCAGCUCCUGAGUAAAGAAGUUACCCUUUUGAAGGUGAUCUAAAAUACUGUUUAUUUACAAUAGAUCCCUCUCAGGGGCAAGUCUCUGGCUGGUUCUGGACCUGCCACAGUUCACUUGGCCAUGUCGAUCAGGCUCUGCAGUGAGGUGGGCACCCACGUCUUCUCGCCCUGGACAAAGACCACUCCCCGGUCGAUGUAGAUCACAAUGCGGCCAAAGGUGUAGAGCUGCUUCCCUUCGUGUCGCUUCCCAAUGACGGGCAUGAAGACAAUGUUGUGCUCCUCAGCCUUGGUCUCAAUGAGGUCCUUAAAGUUCAUGGGCACAGAGCUGGCAGCCACGCCAAUGCCCCUCUGAGCCAUGUUCUCAGCCUCCCGCCUCUCCUGCAUGGCCUCAUACUGGAAGUCCUUCCUCCGCUCCGUGUGGGUGAGAUAGGCAAUGUUCUCCCGCGCUCCUGGCUGCAUGUAGGCACCUAAGAGAUACAGGAGGACAGGGCGGUGAGGAGAGGUGUUUCCAGGUGUAUGGAAGUUGACACUGUGACUUGGUCCAAGUCUUGGGUGUGCCAGAGUGCUUGUGACUCACUGAAGGGCAGCUCUGCCUCAAAGAUACAACUUUGGAGGAAGUUUAGACAACUGGCCAGUAUCACAUAAAAACUGUUCAGAAGGUUCCUGGCUAGUAUCUAGUAACCAAACAGAUUAUUAAUAUUCAACAUUUUAAAAU